AUGUCAAACGAUCCACUCAAGAAACAGGGCGACGCUGCCUACAAGGAUGGCAACUACACUGAAGCGGAGAACCUCUAUUCCCAAGCAAUCACAAAGAACCCCCGCGAGGCAGCAAUCUUCGCGAACCGUGCCCUCACGCGAACGAAACUCGAGAACUGGCCCGGCGUUGAGCACGAUGCGCGCGUUGCGAUUGACCUCUAUGGACUGAAGUCGCCAUACAGCCUGAAGAGCUGCAACUACCUCGCGCAGGCGCUACUGCAUCUCCAGCGACCCCAGGAAGCGUACGAUGUCGCUAUCGAUGCAUACCGCGCGAGUCUUACCGUACGGAACACCGACAUAAAUGGAAAGAAAAUCCCCAGCCAAACGGAGAACCUGUCCAAGACUGUACUGCGCGCUAAGCAGCAGAUCUGGGCCGCCAAGGAGACUGCGCGGCUGCGCGAGAUGAACCAGACGCUGGCGACGACGGAGCAGUUGGUUGAGGCGGACCUGAACCGUGCGUUGGGCGAUCUACAGGGACAACUGGAUCGGGGCGAGAUUGGGCAGACAGGGUUCUUGGAGAGUCAGAAGGAACUGCGGGAGGAUGCGGAGAAGAACAUCCAGAAUGUUCGAGAAGCAUUCCGUAUUGCCUCUAAUGGCGAGGUGAAAGAACGGGUCGUCCCCGACUACCUCGUUGACGGAAUUACCUUUGAAAUCAUGCACGACCCGGUCAUCGUACCCUCAGGAACAAGCUUCGACCGCAUUGGGGUACUCAAGUACGUCGAGCAAUCUGGCGUGGACCCCAUUACCCGGGCUCCCAUGGCCGUCAGCGACCUACGUCCCAACUAUGCAUUGAAAGCAGUAUGUGAGGAGUUUUUGACCAAGAACGGCUGGGCCGUUGAUUGGUAG